GAGAUUAACUGCAUUUAAGCAAUAUUCUCUGCUGAGAAAAACGACGUGAGGGCUCUCCGAGUUUCACUUCUGCCGCUUCCCGCACGCGGCCCCCUGCGAAGGAGAGACAGUCCAAAGUUUGCGCCCCCCCCGGUGGGCGGGGCUCCAGGGCGGCGGGGACUGCCAUUGGUGGCUUUGAAGGCGCAGCGGGCGGGAACAGCUGUAAGAAGUGAGGCGGCUUGCGAUGUGAACGUGCCAAAGAAAUGGAUGAAAUUGUUGCCGAGUUUAUCAAGAGGACCAUCUUGAAAAUCCCAAUGGCUGAAAUGAUGACAAUCCUGAAAGCCUGGGAUUUUUUGUCUGAAAGUCAACUGCAGACCAUAAACUUCCGGAAGAGAAAGGAAUCUCUUGUGCAUGACUUGGUUAUGCUUUGUGAGGAGAAGCAUGCGAAUGUCAAUGAUGCUGCCCUUUUAGACAUUAUUUAUACUCAAUUUCAUCGGCACCAGAAAGUUUGGGAUGUUUUUCAGAUGACUAAAGAACCAGGUGAAGAUAUUGACCUUUUUGAUAUGAAACAAUUCAAAAGUUCAUUUAAGAGAAUUCUUCAGAGAGCGUUAAAAAAUGUAUCAGUCACCUUCAGGGACGCUGAAGAGAAUGCAGUAUGGAUUCGAAUUGCCUGGGGAACACAGUGUAAAAAGCCAAACCAGUACAAACCUACUUACGUGGUGUACUAUUCCCAGACUCCGUAUGCCUUCAUUUCUUCUUCCAGGCUGAGGAGCAGCAUUCCCCUUCUGGGUCAGGCACUGACAGUUGCUAGCAAACACCAUCGGAUUGUGAAAAUGGACUUCAGAAGCCGAUAUCUGGACUCUCUUAAGGCUAUUGUUUUUAAACAGUAUAAUCAGACUUUUGAAACUCACAACGCCACUACACCUCUACAAGAAAGAAACCUUGGGCUAGAUAUAAACAUGGAUUCAAGGAUCAUUCAUGAAAACAUAAUAGAAAAAGACAGAGUACAAAGAGUGACUCAAGAAAUUUUCGGAGACUAUCCUCAACCAAGACUAGAAUUUGCACAGUAUAAGCUUGAAACAAAAUUCAAAAGUGACUUAAAUAGGGGCAUCUUGGCUGAAAGAAAAGAACCUCUCCGAUGCCUAGUAAAGUUCUCUAGCCCGAAUCUUCUGGAAGCAUUGAAAUCCUUAGCACCAGCAGGUAUUGCAGAUGCACCACUUUCUCCAUUGCUCACUUGCAUACCCCAAAAAAGAAUGAAUUAUUUUAAAAUUAAAGAUAAAUAAGACAUA